GCACAUACUGCCAUCACGCCGUGAAUUCAUUCCUUCUUGAAUACCAAUCUCCUAUCUUCAUCUCCCCUCAAUACCACCACAAACUCUCCAUUCAACCCACCUCCACAAAAUGUCCCUCAACGACAUUCAAGGCCGCCUAGCCCUAAUCACCGGUGCCUCAGGCGGCAUCGGCGCCGCCUGCACCCACCAACUCGCCGCCCAAGGCACCCACCUAGCCCUCACCUACUCCAGCAACCUGCAAUCCAUCGAAUCGCUCCGCACCGACCUCCACACCCAACACCCAUCCCUCCGCAUCUCCAUCCACAAAGUGGAACUUAGCUCCGCCGCGCAAAUCACCUCUCUAUUCGAGGAAAUCGACGCCCAGCACGGCCAACGCCCCGACAUCCUCAUUUCCAACGCGGGCUACGGAAAACGAAUCACGAAUGUCUGGGACAUUUCUCUCGAGGAUUUCGACGAGAUGAUUACUAUUAACCUCCGGGCGUCGUUUAUUUUGGUGAAAGGUGUGGUGGAACAUAUGAAGGAGCAGCGGUGGGGGAGAAUUGUUUUCAUGUCGUCGAUUGCGGCCAUCGGUGGGGGGAUCAAUGGGUGUCAUUAUGCGGCAUCGAAAGGUGGUCUUACCGGCAUGAUGAAGAACCUGUCUACGAGACUUGCGCCAUACAAUAUCAGUGUUAAUGAUGUUGCUCCCGCGAUGAUUGGAGAUACGGGGAUGAUUCCUAAUGCGGGGGCUGUGCCGGAGGUAGUCAGGGAUAUUCCGCUCCAACGGCUGGGAACCCCCGAGGAGACGGCCAAUGUGGUGACUAUGUUGGUGAAGACGGGGUAUAUGACGGGGCAGAGUUUGUUGUUGGCGGGGGGGUUGAAAUGAUUGUUUUCGUUGGUUGGUUGGUUGCUUGGGGUUUGGUAUGUGAUUGUGGAAUCAAUCAAGCGCAUAUCCUGAGGCUUGAAGGAAUGUAUCAUUUUCACGGGCCAGUCUGCUGGCUUAGAAUUGAGAACCCGGCAGAGAGCACUGAGUGAGAUUGUAGACGUGUGUAUUGAGAAACGAAUUGGCUACAGCUUAGCAAACUCCCCCCCAAUCUGGUCGAG